AUGGAACAUAAUAAACCCUCACAAAAUAACAAUGAUAAUGGUUAUCCAUCAAAUAUAAAUUGCAACUAUAAUCCACCCAUGAUGAACAAUAAUAGUUCAAUGUAUUACGGAGAUGCUAAUUCGCAUCGACAACAAUCUAUGGCCGACUCUAAUGCUUCAGCUCAACUGUACCCUUCACAUACUGGUCAUGCUAAUGCCAAUCCACCGCUAUCCGCAAACUAUAUUCCUAACCCUAACCCUCUCCAACCAAGUCAUAACAUCUUUAGUUUUGACAUUCCUGGCUUUAAGAUUAUUAUCAUACCUGUAGACAAUUCUAAUUCAAAUUUUGCUAAUAAUAGCUUUCAAACUCAAUAUCAACAAUCAUUUAAUAAUUUUAAUAAUUUUAGUGGCUAG